AUGCCGAUGGAGCAACUACUCGAUCAUCUUAGUUGGUUAACAACCCCAAAGGACUUUGACUCAAUUUGUCAUCGACCUACGUCUGGUCAACUUUCAAGUUACACGCAAAGAAGCAAAUGUGCAGAGUAUUAUCAAUUUGCUGCUAUUCCAUGGUACCAGCUGCACGACUUUAGCCAACUAGAGCCCUACGUCAAAAUUGAAUUUAGAGAGACAGUUUCGUUCGAGUUGUUACAAAAAGAUUUGGGCGUAAAUGAUAACGACACAUAUGUUCAUAGAGACGAGCACUUGUACGACUGGAGACUCUACGAAGACAUUGAGGAAGCAAAUCGUAUCUUGAACAAUGGAUCUAAUUUCGUGGAUUCUUUUACAGACCGAAAGUUUUACAAGAUAUUUACACCACAACACUGGCAAAAAAGAGACGAAACAUUACUGUUUUUAGGUGGUAUUUUUGGUUCUACUAGAAUGAAUAUGGCGAAACCAGAACAUAUAGAAUUACAGGAGCUGAUUACAUCUACACUUCACUAUCGACUUGACACACCUCUAGGAGAAACAGUGGCCAAUAUUGUUCAACACUUGGGCGGUAAAGCGACAUUUAAUGCUGUUCAUUUCCGUUUACGUGAUAUACCUUUUCGUAAAUAUGCUACAGAAAAUCUGCAUCAAUUUGAACGUAAUAUGUCGAUUGCUACUGGCAUACCAGUACCACCAUUGCCACCUUUUAAUGAAUUUGGUGUUCUCACAAGUGCGCCUAAACCACCACCGCCUCCAGAGCACCCUAUCUAUAUUGAGCCACAGCAUGAUCUUAGCCUCCCACCAUGGUCUAAUUUAUGCGAAAAUGUUUCGCCUAGUUUCAGUGUUUCGAUGGAAAAUAUUGGAUCAAGAGCUGUUGUGUAUAUUGCUACAGAUCAUAAAGAUAUUCGAGGAGAAAACAGUCGAUUGCUAGAAUGGUUUAAUUACUUCCCGUGUACUUUGACUCUAAAUGAUAUUCCAGGUGAAUUAAUGGAUCCUUUGGACACAAUGCAUUGUAUGUUUAAUCCCAACAAAUCACUCAAGUCAUAUUUAAUACCACUGGUGGAUGCAAUGGUUGCUGCCCAUGCAAGAAGAGUCUUUACUACACCAAGAUCAACAUUUUCAAAAUAUAUUGGUGAGCUCAACGAAGCUUGGGUCUUACAAGAGCAGGGCCUUAAUUUGUCCUCCUUUUAUCUGUAUGAAUAA